UUUGUGAGGGCAAUUGAACGACACCUUGAAGGACGCCAACUGGAUUUCGGCAAUAGGGCCACAUUCGCGACAUCAAUCCCGACGACUGCGAACAACAAGCCUCGACGACAACCACGAUUACGGCGCCGCGCGCGCGUCAGAUGCGACACCGGAGAGAACAUACUUCAUGGCGAUUGAGGCAUAGAUAGCAAGAGGCAGAAGGAUUGCCAAAGCGCAUUCCCAGCGGUCUUUUGCCGUCACUAGUGACCGAUCCAGCAUGAACUGCGCUUCUUUCAACCUCCCCGAAGGAGGCAUUCUCCAACUCCCGAAUGGCGAGAUCAUUACGCUUAGCGCUCCGGCCGCCUUCAAACCGCCAUCCUGUGGCCUCGCUCUUCGUUCCGUUCCCAAUAUCAUUGCUUCUGGUGGAGGCGUAGGGAGGACUGGAAGUGGCAGCAUGGGACUGAAAGCAGAUGACGACUCCCACUUUUCGGACUGGCGUGAUCCGUUCUAUGCGUCGACAUUUCCGCAAUGCUACGCUCUUGCGGCGACGACAAUUAUCGCAUAUACCUUGGUUAUCAUGCUCUUCAUCACACCGAGGUCAUUUCUCGAUGGCGGAGUGGUUGUUCUGGGACGCAAGGGGUUCACAAACGGCGGCGGCGGCACCAGUAUCGGCGGACGUCCUUGGUUGCAGAAAGUUGCAGCCCUCUCGGUCGCCAUCUCACUGACCAUCGCCAACGCAGCUACGUUUCGCGUCGCCGAACAACAGUAUUCCUGGGGGGUCCAGAACGCCACACAACUACAAGAAGAUGUCCUUGGUGGGGCCGAACUCAAAAUCAUCCGCAUCAUAUCCGACACGUUUCUAUGGCUCGCCCAAGCGCAAACUCUGAUUCGUCUUUUCCCGCGUCAGAGAGAAAAGGUGAUUAUCAAAUGGACGGCUUUUGCGCUCAUCACGUUAGACGUCAUUUUCCAAUCACUCAACAGCUUCAAGUAUGGUGGCUCCGACCUUACACGGCCCAAGUUCACCGAGGCUGUGCCGGCUCUCAGUUACCUGUUCGCCCUCGCCCUCGGAGUUCUCUAUGCUGCUUGGGUGUUAUACUACUCGGUUAUGAAGAAGCGGUACGCGUUUUACCACCCCUUGAUGAAGAACAUGAUCCUCGUGGCUGCCCUGUCCGUGGUCUCCAUCCUCGUUCCUGUUGUGUUCUUCAUCCUCGAUAUUUCGAAGCCUGAUUUUGCGGGCUGGGGAGACUACGUCAGAUGGGUGGGGGCUGCUGCAGCUAGUGUCAUUGUCUGGGAAUGGGUAGAGAGAAUCGAAGCAUUGGAAAGGGAAGAAAAGAAGGAUGGAAUAUUGGGAAGAGAAGUCUUCGAUGGGGACGAGAUGCUCGAGGCAUCACAGUCGGAACAUGCCUGGCCAAAGAGGAGGAGAAAGGGUUCGGGCGGUUCAGAUUCGCAAGAUACGGAAAGUGGUGGAGGUGGAAAAGAUGGCGGAUCAAGCCUGUGGAGGUUCGGUGUUUGGCCGAAGAUUAGCAACUUGACAUUAAAGCACCGGAGCGAGCCCAGCUCCAAAACCGAGCCCAAGCAGGGAAGUUCGCCGGUGGCGGAUACUACAAACGACGACGAGAUCCCACGGUUCUUACCACCGCCGUUAUGGCCCGCACGACCAACUCCGGCAGCCACACCAGUGAGCCGGACGGACACUACUAGUGCCGCGAGUACCAUAUACGCUGUCAGGUACAAUACCAUGACAGAACCGACAUCGUAUGGGACGCCACUACCGGCACACAAUAUGGGGCGUUUGUCGGGAAGCGAGAGUCGUGGUUCCAGUCGACAUAGAGACUAUGGGAGCACAAGUCCCGGCUCAGCGCCUACUCAGGAUGCCCGCUCAACACAAAACUCCCACGUGGGGGUAGAAACGCCAUCGGCAGGAAACAGGUGGCACGCACUUGCCCCAGCGAUUUCGAGCCGGGAUUUCGUGACGCGUUCGGAGCCACGAGGCAGUAAGAUGCAGCGCGACGAGAAUUCUCGCUGGGACCUCCGCGCUAGAGUCGACGAGUUCGCAGCAACCCAGGCAGAGAAGCUACGCGAGAAGUUCCGGCCGACGCUGGAUACCAACAACUUGCCUGUAACCGUUAUCCCUGCGCCGCCGCGCAGCGGCGCCGCACUCGCCCAGCUUCGUGAGGACGAAGAGCUCAAUCUCUCAUCAAGGGAGGGGACGGUCAGGGAAGAAAGCCGGAAUAGCAACGCUUCGGGAACGGUGACUGCGGUAGAGGUGACCCAUACCCCGACACAAACUACGUUUUCUCCUCCACCACGAGCGGCAAGCAGCGCCAUGAGCACAGCGCAAUUGUCACGGCCACGGCUCAGUCCAAUCGUCACUCAGGGUUCUUUUACCAACAACCGGUAUAACCACCUGCCUGUGACGGUGAUACCAGCUCCACGGCGACAGGACUCAACCAGAGCACCAUCGCAGCCGCAGUCACCGUCGUCAGUUGCUCUGGGUAAGCAACCGGCGAGAAGCAACUCGACAACGACACCGUCUCCUUGACACGGGCGGGUUGGCGCGCGUUUCCAUCUAGGUAUCCAUGGGCGUUUUUUGGGAUUGUUUCUAUGUUAGUUUUCUAUAGGAGAUACCACUUGUUAUUGCACUGUUUUGGCGUCUAGCGAGGAUC